AUGCCGGGGGAGCCCCGCACGCUGCGGCUGCAGCACGGGAACCGCAUCGAGGCCCUGUGCGUGCUGGGCGGCCACGUCCGCGCCGACGUGUUCGGGGCGGCUCCCGCCGGGGCCGUGGCCUUUGGCGUGAAGCACACCGAGGGGGUCAGCGUGGACGUGCUGUUCCGUGGCCGCGCCGAGCCCGAGGCCGUGUCCGGAGCCAGCACGCGGUGGCUGCUGGACGAAGGGACGGUGCUGAGGUUCAGCAUGAGCCGGGCCAGCUCCGAGGUCAACGACAACAAGGUCACCGUCAGCUUUUACGCAGAUGGAGGGAAGCCCAUCAACCAAGCCGGGGUGUUCCUCACAGGUGUUGGGAUCUCCCUGGACGUGGAUGCGGAUCGGGAUGGGGUGGUGGAAAAGAACAGCCCCAACAAGGUACUCCAGCCCCCCCCACCCCAUGGACAUCCACAGGCUCAGUGGAUCCUGAGCUCACUGAGCCCCAGGGGUGCUUUGGCAAGCUGGGCCUGGGGACCAGAGGGACACGGGGCCAUCCUGCUGGUCAGCUGUGACAAGGAGUUCCCCUUCAUUCCGCCCUCCGACUGCGACAGCGAGCAGGUGUUCAACAGGGAAGAUCUGCUGGACAUGGCUCAGAUGGUGCUGAGGACAGAGGGGCCCCAGCGCCUGCCCCGGGGCUAUGAAAUCAUCCUCUCUGUGUCUGUCAAUGACGCUGACAAAGUUGGGGUCUUCCAUGUGCAGAAUCCCUUCUUCGGGCAGCGCUAUGUGCAGGUGCUGGGCCGCAGGAAGCUCUUCCACGCCGUGCCCUACCCUGGCGGCGCUGCUGAGCUCGGCUUCUUCGUGGAGGGGCUGCGCUUCCCCGACGAGACCUUCUCCGGGCUGGUGUCCAUCCAUGUCAGCCUCCUGGAGCCGCUGGCCGAGGGCAUCCCUCACUCACCGAUCUUCACGGACACUGUGGUGUUCCGAGUGGCUCCAUGGAUCAUGACCCCCAACACCCUGGCUCCGGUGAACCUCUUCGUGUGCAGCAUGAAGGACAACUACCUGUUCACCAAGGAGAUCCAGAGCCUGGUGGCCAAGGCCAGCUGCAAGCUGAAGGUUUGCUUCGGCUAUAUCAACCGUGGUGACCGCUGGAUGCAGGAUGAGAUCAGGCUUGGCUACACCCACGCUCCCCACAACAGCUUCCCAGUGGUGCUGGACUCCCCUCGGGAGAGAGGGAUGGAGCAACUCCCCGUCAAGGAGCUGCUGGGCCCCGAUUUCGGCUAUGUGCACAAGGAGCCCCUCUUUGAGGCCGUGGCCAGCCUGGACUCCUUUGGGAAUGUGGAGGUCAGCCCACCCGUGUCCGUGGCUGGCAAGGAGUAUCCUUUGGGAAGGAUCCUCAUUGGCAGCAGCUUCCCUGCAUCCGCAGGCCGCAGGAUGACCAGGCUGGUGCGGGAUUUCCUCUGUGCCCAGCACGUCCAGGCCCCUGUGGAACUCUACUCUGACUGGCUGGCCGUGGGCAAAGUCAACGAGUUUGUCACCUUUGUCCCCACCUCUGACAAAAAGCGAUUCCGGAUGCUGCUGGCCAGUCCAGCUGCCUGCUACCGGCUCUUCCGUGAGAAGCAGAAGGAGGGACAGGGAGAAGCCACCAUGUUCAAAGGGUACUCAGGGACUGACACCAAGCGUGUCACCAUCAACAAGGUGCUCUCCAACGAGGUCCUGGCGCAGCAGAACCAGUACGUGCAGCGCUGCAUCGACUGGAACAGGGAUAUCCUCAAGAAGGAGCUGGGCUUGCUGGAGGAGGACAUAAUCGACCUGCCAGCCCUCUUCAAGCUGGACAAGCAGGGCAAAGCUGUUCCCUACUUCCCCAACACAAUCACCAUGAUCGUCCUGGCCAAGGACCUGGGCAUCCCCAAGCCGUUUGGCCCCAUGGCGGGCGGCGAGUGCUGCCUGGAGCGGUGGAUCCGCGCGCUGCUGGAGCCGCUGGGGCUGCGCUGCCGCUUCCUGGAGGACGUGGCCUCGUACCACGGCAGCCUGGGCGAGGUGCGCUGCGGCACCAGCGUCCAGCGCCGGCCCUUCGCCUUCAAGUGGUGGCACUUCACACCAUAG